GCCAGACAAGUUCAGCGCGGAUAUCGAUUCAGUCUCGCGCAAACCACCCCCAUGUGUCGAGCCCGUUGCAGCAGCUCCACCUUUUAGCUUUGUUUUCCGCUCGGUGUCAUGACUGACACAUAAACAGAGAGAGAGAGAGAGAGGCGCAACCGCGGGUAAAUGGUUCAACUGCCGUCGGUUCACAGGGAGCGACGCGACGCGACUUGACUCGACUCGACUUAACUCAACGCGCAGUACAAAACGUUUCACGAUCAGGAGAUACACCGUAAUCCACCAUCGGUCGUGAACGGAUAAAAUUUCCUAUUCGCAGAUUGCUCGUUUAUCGAUUACCGCGCGAACCAUUUCCGAAGAGGCGUUCCAUUGUUCGUACGUUUCGCAGUGAGGUGGUCAAGUUUAUUACAUAAACCUGGGCCGCGAGGGGAGCGUUGACGACAAGCACGCGUAUUCUCAAUAUUUCGCGAACUGUCUCUGUCGGUGGUCCGCGUAAACCGGGCCGGGCCCCUGAUAGUUCCACUCGGACACGCUUCCUCGCAUCUUUCACGACUCCACGAUCUUUCCAGUGAAACUGUUCCAUCAUCGAUUCGCCGACGUAGAGAGCUGCUCUCGAGGGUUGCGUUUCGUUCCCGUCGCCGCAUCUUCGUGCGAUAUGCGCGCGAUAAAUUUAGAAGGUUAGCCGAUACCGUCGAUGAAUUACCGAUUGAACGCCUGCUCGUGGAACAGCUCGAGCCCGGGUCUGAUCAAUCGCGUGCCGACACCGAAGAGGCUGUUGUGAUUUUUGUCGCGGGAUCGGAUCGAUCCCGUAAACACCGGGAGGAAGAGAGACAAAGAACACGAGGGGAAGGGAAAACGAUCGCGUGUAGAACAACCGCGUAUUCGUUCGCCUCAACGUUCGCGGUGCGUUCCUUGCGCUUAAAUAUGUGGCGCUUUAACUACGGCCACGCGGACCUGUGCUCGUCUUGACUACGAAUCCUGGGAGAACGACGGGAGUGCGACUUCACUGCUUGAGAAAUGUCUUCGAUAUCAGCGCAGGGGGUCGUCGAAAGAGCCAGCGCCGAGUUAACAAAGAGAAUCAACGGUCUGGGUCUCAAAACGUCCAAACACCAUGGUGGGGGCAAGGCCAGCGUCAUGGACCGCGUCACGAACGUGUUCUGCGGUAGCGGCGGGGUGGCGUACACGAACCUGCAGAGCGCGAACAACGCGAACGCGACCCCGGAGAAGCCGAGCAGGAGUGUACCUGCUUCGAUGAGCAACAGCACGCCGAUACGGGGCUGGAUCCCAAGGAACCGUUCGAAGAACGUGCCUCUGGCAAGCGGCGGCACUGGCGGCUACGUCAGGCCGGUCACGUGGGAACAGCUGAUGCAGGACGAUCACUUCCUCAGCAAAUUUUUCCUCUACUUCAACGCGAUCGAGAGGAGAACUUUGGCUCAGGUAUGUACAAGAUGGAGGGACAUACUGUACGCGCGACCCCGGCUUUGGACUGGGUUGGUACCCGUCGUGAGGUGCCGCGAGGUACGCGCCAUGAUGCCCAGUUCGCGUACCCGCCUCUACGCUUCCCUGGUCAGAAGAGGGUUUCGUUCGUUGGUCCUUCUGGGCGCCGCGGACGAGGACAUACCAGAACUGAUCCACGGGUUUCCUCUUGCCCAACGGAACGUUCACUCGUUGUCCUUGAGAUGCUGCGCGGUCACCGACAAGGGCCUCGAAGCUCUUUUAGAUCAUUUGCAAGCGUUGUUCGAGCUUGAAUUAGCCGGUUGUAACGAGAUAACGGAAGCUGGCCUGUGGACCUGCUUGACACCUAGAAUAGUGUCGCUCUCCUUGUCGGAUUGUAUUAACGUGGCCGAUGAAGCUGUCAGGGCUGUCGCUCAAUUGCUGCCGAGCCUCUACGAGUUCUCGCUGCAAGCUUACCACGUCACCGACGACGCCCUCGGUUACUUUAACUCGAAACAAAGCAGCGCUCUCAGUAUUCUGAGGCUCCAAUCCUGCUGGGAGCUUACCAAUCAUGGUGUAUAUAAUAUUGUGCAUUUCUUGCCGAAUCUGACAGUGUUGUCGCUGUCAGGGUGCAGCAAAGUGACAGACGACGGUGUUGAGUUGAUCGCAGAGAACUUGCCAAGACUUCGUUCCUUAGAUCUGAGUUGGUGCUCAAGGAUUACUGACGCAGCCUUAGAAUAUAUUGCCUGUGAUUUGAAUCACUUGGAGGAGCUUACGUUGGACAGGUGUGUACACAUCACGGACAUAGGCGUGGGCUACAUCUCCACAAUGGGAUCACUGAGCGCAUUGUUCUUGAGAUGGUGCUCGGAACUUAAAGACUUGAGUCUUAAACACUUGUGCAGCAUGAAAUCCUUACAAGUACUCUCCUUGGCGGGUUGCCCAUUGCUCACGAGCGGCGAACUGUCUAGGUUGAUACAACUCCGACAUUUGCACGAGCUCGAACUAACCAACUGUCCAGGAACGUCUCAGGAAUUAUUCAACUAUUUACGUGAACAUCUGCCGCGCUGCUUAAUCAUCGAAUAAACCGUUCAUGAUCGAUGAGUGCAGGAAAUGCCUCCGAACAGAAAUUUCUUUCGCGUGUCGACAACACGCGACGCCGCGAUCGAGAACACAGAACGGCGGUGUUUGUGUUCCUUAAAAUGAACGAGAAUGAACAGGUGAGAGAGAUAAGAGGGAGAAGAGAAUGUUUCACGUAAAGCAAUACUUAGAAAGACAAUGGUUAACGAUGACUGAAAGGAGCUGCAUCCAUAAAAAAAAUAGAGAAAAGCAAUUGACGUCCAAACGCAAACUAAAUACCGUGUUUUGUUUCUCUUGUAUAACGAUCUAUAAACGAGAAAAAAGAGAAGAAAACGAGAAAGACAAAAAAAAAUUGAGAAACACACUAGCCCUUAAACGUGUAAAGUAACGAUGGCGAUACUAAAUAGCGCAUAUAGGCAUUUUUAAUACACCGAAGCUCCUGUAUGAAUCGCACCCCCUUUUGUUCACGCUAGACUCUUCGAUUGUGGCCGGUACACGGUGGACUGAAACAUGAAGAAACGCGAUAGCGUUGCAAAACCGUUUUCUGGUCCUUUGUUGUGAUACGUUAAAACCCUCAAAAGAAACCGAUAACGUUGUUGUUCUUAGAUGAUUUUUUUAUUUUUCACCGCUCGAAACUACGUAAGAACUUGAAGACAUGUCGUUAGUCUCUUCUGAAAACAAUCUUGCACCUAACUACAAUAACGAAUUUUCAAUCAGAAAUUACGCGAUGAACCCUUUAAAAAAUUUGUCGUACUUUUUCGUGUUUUGACCCGCUAUGUCGUCACGUUUAUAUUUUUUCGAAGGAUCGAAAGAAUACAAAGAAAAUGGGAUAGAAGAGAACGUGUACAAUCGAUAAAAUCGUUCAGAGUUUCACGCGUCGCUUGAUGAUAGAGAAAACAAAAAAGAGACAGUUAACCUCAGUAGGUUCUUGUUAAAGAACAUAGAAAAAAAGUCCGAUGAGACGACACGUCAGACUCAAACAGUUAGAACUUGAAAUUUUUAUUGUACGUGUACUAUUUUACUCCGAAUGUGUUUAGACUGUUGUUCAUCCUGCUUGUAAGGCCAUUCAAAGACAGCAAUUCUAAAGCAUUAGUCGCGGUGCAUGAAGACGAUAUAAAAAAGAAAGAUUAAUCGAGCUACCUAGAAAAUGAGAGUUUCACCAGCGAAAAGAAUAAAAAGCGCAAAAAACAUUCCGAUGAGUCUUAUAACGGAGAUUUUUAUUUAUUUACGAGAUACUAUUCGCGUGAUAUUCGACGACACGUGUUGCUGCAGUAUAAAACAACCGAAUGAUCAUUGCACAUGUAUCUAUCAUCUAGAAAUGUUUUAAGUUGUAUUUUAUCUAUGUAUAUUCCACUGUCAUGUAAUUAAUGUCUCCUAAAUUUAAGGCUUACACCUAGCUAAGUUCUCGAAUGUUUUUCAUUCAAUGUAACGAUAUAUCGCAAUAUAGAAAACAUAUUUUAUGUGUUUAAUACUGUUAAACAAUUUUGACGGUUACUUAAAGACAAAACAAAAAAUAUACGAAUGUGUCAUACUAUGCUCCAUCAAUACGUAAUGAUGUGAAAGAUUUUAUGCCACUGUUGCAGUCGAACGACUACAAACUAUGCAAUGUUCUUUAUGUUGAGACUUAUACUACCGAAUACCUUCUGUGUGAUGUUUAGCAUGACCUCAAAUUUGACCGAACUGAAAUUAUUUUUGCGUGUUACCACAUAUUUAGCACACAACGUCUUUGUAUAUAUUGUACAAAUAAUAAUUAAUAAUUCUGUUACCAAUGAAAACUAAAUAUAAAUAUAUCCGCACAGUCAAAAUUCUAUCUGAAAUCGGGUCGCGCGUGGCGCCAGUCACGAAUAUAACUUUAAAACGUGAUAACAUGAUGGAAUGUGCU